CCCCGCUCCCUCAGGGCACGCAGUGUGGGAAGUACGAAUUUCCGCUGAGUUUUCUCGGCGACUUUCGGAGCUCGUCUUUCUCCAGCUCCCCGCUCCGCCCGCCUCUCCCCCCCGCAGCCACCGCGCUCCGCCCGCCCUCUCCGCCCCCGGGAGAGCCGGCGGAGCAGCGGGCAGCCUCUCCUCGGCUCCUCUCCGCUCCUCCAGGCAGCCUGCAGCCCUCCCCGACGCCCCUUGCCCACGGCCGGCUCGGGCGACGGGAGCCCAUGGUGCCGGGCACGGCGAGCCGCGGCCGCCUCGGCGUCUGCCUGCCCGGCGGGGAGCUCGGCCCGGCGCGGAGCCGAGGAGGGGCCGAUUAGCAGCCGCCCAGGAGCGGUGGGAUGCCGGAGAGACCCCGAGCCGCUGGGGGAAGCUGCCCACGGCUCGUCCCGGGAUGGGGGCGCCGCGCCGGGUCCGCCUGAUGGGGCUGCGGCGGGUGCUGUGGGGCUCCGUCCCCCUCUUCCUCCUGCUGCUGCCCGCGGCCGAGCCCAUCUGCCCCGAGCCAUGCGACUGCCAGCAGCACCAGCACCUCCUCUGCACCAACCGGGGCCUGCGCUCCGUGCCCAAGGCUGCCGAGCCCCAGGAUAUCCUCACCUACAGCCUAGGGGGCAACUUCAUCGCCAACAUCUCCGCCUUCGACUUCCACCGCCUGGCAGGGCUCCAGCGCCUGGACCUGCAGUACAACCGGAUCCGCUCGCUGCACCCCAAGGCCUUUGAGCGCCUGGGCCGGCUGGAGGAGCUCUACCUGGGCAACAACCUGCUGCCGGCGCUGGCCCCUGGCACCCUCAGCGCCCUGGCCAAGCUGCGCAUCCUCUAUGUGAAUGCCAACGAGAUCGGCCGCCUCAGCGCCGCCUCCUUCUCCGGCCUCGGCAGCCUUGUCAAGCUGCGCCUGGACGGCAAUGAGCUGGGCUCGCUGGGUGACUCCACUUUCUCGGGGCUGCCAAACUUACUCUACCUGCACCUGGAGUCCAACCGCAUCCGCUGGCUGAGCCGCGGUGCGUUCACCGGCCUGGCCAAGCUGCGCUUCCUUGACCUGUCUGGGAACAAGCAGAGCUCCCUUCGCCACCCAGACAUCUUCGGACCGCUGCGCUCCCUCCACACCCUGCUGCUGGCCAGCAACAGCCUGCAGCAACUGACAGGGGGGCUCUUCCAGCACCUGCCCAGCUUGGCAAAGCUCUCGCUCAGUGGCAACCGACUGUCUCACCUGGCACCAGAUGCCUUCACAGGGCUGGGCUCGCUGAAGGAGCUGCGUCUGGAGGGAAACCUGCUGAGCCACCUGCCUGCUGCCCUCCUAGAGCCGCUGAGCAGCCUGGAGGCGCUGGAUCUGAGCCGCAACGCGCUGACCGCCCUGCACCCAGCCACUUUCAGCCCCCUUGGUCAUUUGCGGGAGCUCAGCCUCCGAGACAACGCGCUGGCCACCCUUCCUGGUGACAUCUUUGCCUCCAGCCCAGCCCUCUACCGCCUGGAGCUGGAGGGGAACGCCUGGAGCUGUGACUGCCGCCUCCAUGGCCUGAAGCACUGGCUGGGGGCCUGGCACUCCCAGGGCCGCCUGCUCACCGUCUUCGUGCAGUGCAGCCUGCCGCCCACCCUGGCCGGCAAGUAUCUUGACUACCUGCAGGAUGCCCAGCUGCUGCCGCCGCCUGAUGGCAGCCCCUGCCUCGAUGGUGCCUCUCCCUCCUCCGCGUCCCCCCCUGCAGCCGCUGAGGGACUCGGCAGCAACAGCAGUGGCGGUGGCAUGGUUCUGCCCCACGGUCCCCCAGGGGCACCGCCGUCUGCCUCCACUGCCCACCUGCUGGGUGCCCCUGAGGGCAAGGUGGCGGUGCCAAUAGGUGUGACGGCUGUGCCAAGCCCCACGCCGCCACUGCCUGCCCGCCCAGCAGCCUCCAGGCCGGCGCUGCCCAGUGCAGCCUGGCCCCGUCGUGCCGGCAAGCCCCGCUCUGCACCGUCUGCCGGGGGCCCACCACUGGUGUCCGACCCAUGCGACUUCAACAAGCUGUUCCUCUGCAACCUGUCGGUGGAAGCGGUGGGCUCCAGCUCGGUGACGGUGCGCUGGGCCGUGCGGCCGCACCGCAGCCCCCGCCUGCUGGGCCCAGCACGGUUCCGCCUGCUCUUUGACCGUUUUGGUGCCGCUGUCAAGUUCCAGCGCUUCGUCUACCUGCCGGAGCGCGGGGAGCCGGCCGCCACCCUGCGGGAGCUCCGCCCGGACACCCCUUACCUCGUCUGCGUCGAGGGCAUUCUUGGUGGCCGUGUAUGCCCGGUGGCACCACGGGACCACUGUGCAGGGCUGGUCACCCUGCCCGAGGGCAGCGCGGCGUCGGGUGGGCCCCAUGGCCCUGACCAGCAGCUGCUCAUGCUGGUGCUGCUGGCAGUGAACGCGCUGCUGCUCUUUGCAGCGCUGGUGGCCUGGGCCUCCCGCCUGCUGCGGAAGAAGGUGUUGGGUCGUCGGCGGCGGAAGGCGGCCCCUGUCCACGUCCGGCAGCUCUACUCCACUCGCCGGCCGCUCCGCUCCAUGGGCACUGGUGUCUCCGCCGACUUCUCAGGCUUCCAGUCCCACCGGCCGCCCCGUGGUGCCGCCUGUGCCCUCAGCGAGGCAGACCUCAUUGAGUUCCCCUGCGAGCGCUUCAUGGACAGCAGCGGCGGCGCCCGGCAUGGCGAUGACCACCUGCUCCAGCGCUUCGCUGACUGACCCCGCCCAACUACAGCUCCUGGCAUGCCCCGUGAGGGAGGAGGGUGGCAGUUGGGCGCUGCCAUGUGGCAAGACUUGCUGGGAGCUGUAGUCAGCAUGGCGAGGCGAUUGUUGGUUCAUGAGGGGAUGGUACAGGUCCCGCGGGUCGUGGCCUGCAAGAGGGAGAGCUCUGGCGCUGCUGCUGCUGCCUUCAGCCACCACCUGGCCCUUACCGCAGGCAGGGACAGGAGCCAGCUGUGAGACGUGCUUACUCAGUCGCCUCUGAGGUCUCCGUUUCCUCAAAAAUCAUCACUAACCCAAACAAAAGCCCUGACCAUGAGUGUAACUGUUCUUUGGUGAGGAGGGCAAACCGUCGGGAGCUGCAGUGAACAGCAGCUGGUGCCUCCCUUGUGCCAACUCAGAGCCAUACGUCUAAGUGUUAUCUUUUACAGGUGUUUUUUUCAGACUGCAGUUGGGAUGGUAGUUAACAAUGAGCAGCCCAGCCUCAUGCAAGGGCGGUCUGAACUGACGUUUUCAAGGCACCUAAUAAAAAAUGUGGACUAAGUGUCUUUUAACAUUGCUACUCGUGAACUGUGCAAGCUGGAAGUCAGUCAGAAGGAUGAUGGAAAUAUAUGUUUUGUGCUGGACGGUUUGAAUGCUGUGCCAUUUUAACUCAAAUUGAAUGUGAGGCAAUUUAAUGUGUGCGAAUGUGUUUUCGUACUUUUUUUGUAAACGGGAAACAAUAAUGCAGCUGGUUAGUUUUACA